AUGAGAGAAAAGUGGAGAAAAAAGAGAAUGCGAAGACUUAAGAGAAAAAGACGUAAGGCACGUAAGUGAUAAGAGGAUGUGAUCAUUAUAAACAUAUUUAAUUGAACAUCUUUUUAUAUGAAAUUGUAGCAUUUCUUUUCAGUUCUAAUUAACUAAAGGAUGAAUAAUAUCUUUAGUAUCUAAAAAUACUUAAGGAUUUAAUUGAUAUUAAAAUAAGAUGGCGAAAAUUAUCUAAGUAUGCUUUGAUAAAUGCUGUUUAUUAAUAAUUAUUUAAUAUUUAAUGGAAUAAGAACCAUUUCAUUAAGUCUAAAACUACAUUUUAUGUAAUAUAUAAACAUUUUAAUUAGACCGUACAUUAGGAUAAGGAACUUUUGGAAAGGUGAAAUUAGGUUAUCAUACAAUUGCUGAUGAAUAUGUAAGUAUAAUAGUAAAAGAUUCAAGGUUGCUAUUAAAGUACUUGAGAAGAACAAAAUUGAAAAUUAGUUUGAUUUAAUAAGAGUGUAAAGAGAAAUUACAAUUUUAAGAAAAGUUAAUCAUCCAAAUGUAAUAAAAUUAUACGAAGUACUAACUUAAUUAAUAUAAGAUAUUAGAAUCUGAAUAAUCAAUUUACUUAGUUAUGGAAUAUGUUAGAGGUGGAGAAUUAUAUGAAUACAUAAUAAAGAAAAAAUAGUAAUGUGAAUCCUAAUAGAAAUUAGCCUAUCUGAACAUAUAGCUGUGCAUUUUUUUUAGCAGAUUAUUUUUGCAAUUGAAUAUUUGCAUAAUAAUAAUAUCACACAUCGAGAUUUGAAACCAGAGAAUUUAUUAUUAGAUGAAAAUAAAUAAUUGAAGGUUGCAGACUUUGGAUUAAGUUUUAUCUCUUCUGUCUAAGGUGGAUUUUUAAAAACAGCAUGUGGUUCUCCUUGUUAUGCAGCACCUGAAAUGCUAAGUAUAUAUAUUAUAAAUAAUGAAGAUGGUAAAUAAUAUGAAGGUUUGAAAAGUGAUGUUUGGAGUUGUGGAAUUGUUUUAUAUGCUAUGCUUUGUGGAUAUUUACCAUUUGAACAUGAAAAUACAAAAAAAUUAUAUUAAUUAAUCAAAACUAGUGAUUUUGAUAAACCUGAACAUUUAUCAUCUAAUGCAAUUGAUAUAUUAAAUAAGAUACUUGUAAAAGAUCCUGAUAAAAGAUUAAAUUUUGAUUAAAUUAAAAAGCAUCCUUUUUUUCUUAGUUAAAUUCCUUUACAAAGAAAUAAUUUAAAAUUAGAUGAUUAAAUAAUAAUUUAAAAGAUGAUAGAAAUAGGUUAUUCUCAAGAUUAAAUUACUUUUUAAAUACAAGCCAAUAAACAUAAUACUUUAACUACAAUUUAUUUUUUAUUAUUAAAAAAAUAAAAUCAACCAUAUCGUAAAAGUUUUUUUUAGAAUAUUUAAAAUAUUGCAAAUUUAAAACUUGAUCUAAAUUAAAAAAGGUAGACUAUAAUUAAUUUUUAACCAUCGGGUUCACCAAAUUUUGAUAAAUUAGAAUUAAGACAAUAAAAAUUGAAAUCAAGAAUAAAUCAUUCUCCUUAUCCCUAAACUUAAGUAUCACAAAAAUUAAAAAAAAUAAAUUUAUCUGUAUAAUCAAAAAGGGUUAGCGCAUAGAUUGAUAAUACUCGCUAAAAGACAUAUUCAGUUUAAGAUAAAUAUCCUGAUUAUCCAUUAUUUAUAAAUAAUACUUUAUUAGAUUCUAAGUAGAAAUAAAUGUUAUUAAUUAGGUAUUAAACAAUAAAGAAUUAGAAAUUAUAAGAAAAUAUAAAAUUUUAACCACAAAAGGAUAUUGAGCAUGGAUUAAAAACAGAAAUUAUUAAUGAGGAGAUAACAAAUUAUUUAAAAAGUAAUUUAAUAUAAGUAAGGUAAAGAAAUAAGACAUAAGCAAAUAAAAAUGUUGAGAUUUAAAAGUUUUUUGAUAAAAAUUCUAAAUUAUAAGGGUCAUAUUAGGUAUAAUUAUAGUAAAUUAGAUUGUAUCUAAAACGCCUGAAAAAUCUGUAUUGGUUCCAGUUGAUUUGAGUAGGACAAAAUAAUUGUAAAAAUUUUUAUUAGAAAAUAAAUAUGCUGCG